AUGGAAAGUAAAAAUAAAUCAAAUCAAUAUUUGAAUACAGAUGAUCCGGAACCUUCGCUGCAUGGUAUUGUUCGAAUUUAUUCGACACGAUUUUGUCCAUACUGUGAAAGAGUUCUCAUUGCUGCGCAUAAGAAAAACAUUCCAUUUGAUGUUUUAUAUACUAACCCUCAUAAGAGACCAAAAUGGUUCUUUUUGAAGAAUCCAGAAGGAAUUGUACCAGCUCUAGAACAUAACGGCAGACUGAUAAAUGAUUCCCGAGUGAUUAUUGAAUAUUUGGAUGAGGCAUUUCCGGAAAGAAACAUUUUGUCCAAUGAACCAUAUGUAAGAGCAAAGCAACGAUAUUAUACAACUAAAUUAGAACCGAUUUGUGAAACAAUAAAACAAAUGUCAUAUUUGACAAAACUAGUCGAUAACACUACCAUUCUUGCAACGAAACUUGCCGCUGCUGAGAAUUUACUACAAUCGCCUUUCUAUUCAGGUGAAGUACCUAGUUUACCGGACAUUAUGUUAUUCCCAUUCAUCCAUCGAUUGCAUGUCAUCCGGAAAUUCGGUAGAAACAACUUCCUUGACAAUUACUUCCCGAAUAACUAUCCAAAACUUGUAAAAUGGUUCAUCACAAUGCGUAAUACGCCAGAGAUCCAAGCAGUUCAAGAAUCAGAAAAAUACUUAAAGGAUUUCCUCAGCGGAAUAAAUAGCAAAACAAAUCAAAAUGCUACUAAUUUCAAUGCCGAGAUCAAAUCUGACUCCAACCCUCUACACCACUAG